UCUAAUGGAAGCAGCGACUUAUUCGUUACCUCCUUCCAUUGAACCUAUCGUCGUUUUCAACGAUCAAUCAUCUCGUUUCUUCUGGAUAUACCCGUCGUUGAAAGUUGAAACCCUAAAAGGUUCCAGUUCUUCAUCUCAAUUCCAGUAUUCAUACUUUCACGUGGUUUUUAAGGUUAGGGUUUCGUCUAAACCUGAAAUCUUAGAUUCAAAAUUCGUGUUUCUGUAUCUCUGUAUCUCUGUAUCUGUAUGUGUUGAGUGUUUUUCUGUUUCUGAAAAAAAAAAUUAUGGAGUUCAAUGUAUCGGAUGAGUUUUUGGGGACGGUGGCUCCGUUAGUGGUGUAUUGGUUGUAUUCUGGAUUUUACGUGUUGGUUGGAUCGGGAGAGAAGUAUCGAUUGCAUUCGAAAAAAGAUGAAGAAGAUAAGAAUUUGGUUUCGAAGACGACUGUUGUCAAAGGUGUUCUUCUCCAACAGGCUAUUCAAGCUGUCGUCGCCAUUAUUCUUUUCACAGUUACUGGAAGCGAUGAAGAUUCUACCACCACCAAAACCCACUCACUCUUUGAUCUCGCAAGACAAUUCUUCACAGCAAUGGUGGUAAUCGACACCUGGCAAUACUUCAUGCAUCGAUACAUGCAUCAAAACAAGUUUCUAUAUCGCCAUAUCCACUCCCUUCAUCAUCGCCUCAUUGUUCCAUACGCAUUUGGAGCUCUUUACAAUCAUCCAGUCGAAGGUCUUCUACUGGACACCAUUGGUGGAGCACUUGCUUUCCUCAUAUCAGGCAUGUCCCCUCGAGCUUCCAUCUUCUUUUUCUCAUUUGCCACAAUCAAAACAGUUGAUGAUCAUUGUGGAUUAUGGCUUCCUGGGAAUCUUUUCCAUGUGUUUUUUUGGAAUAAUUCUGCUUACCAUGAUGUUCAUCAUCAACUUUAUGGGACAAAAUAUAACUACUCACAGCCUUUCUUUGUUGUUUGGGAUAAAAUAUUUGGGACUUAUAUGCCUUAUUCACUUGAAAAGAGAGAGAAUGGUGGGUUUGAAGUAAGACCUGUAAAAGAUGUCAAGGAUGAAUGAUUCUUUUCUAUGGUUAAUAGAUUAUAUAUGUAUCACUAUGUUUGCAUUCACUGUUUAAAUGUUUAAGUAUAUUUAUCUUGUCAUCAUAAGUGUCCAAUAUAUAUAGUGUCUACCAAUUUUGUAAAAUAUUGGGAUUACAAUCUUCUUUAUUCUUUUUUGUGUAUUGUAACCAAUGUUUCAUUUAUGUUGAUGUUUGUAAACUUAUUGAUAGAUAAAGGGAGUUUUUAAACAUA